CCACUACACAAGACUCUUAUGAAUGUUUGUGCCCAGGAUUGAAAUGGUGCUAAUUCAAUUGAAGUUAUUUAUUUAUGAUAUUCUGUGUUAGUUUUCUUAAAUUUAAAUUUGUAAACUUGGGAUUUUAAUUGGUUUCAGAUGUUAAAUUACAAUAGAAGGCAUAGAUCCAUCGGCCCACUUUGAGCAGCGUAAUUUGUCUAAAGUCAUGAGAGAAAAAGUUAAUUAAUCAGUGUGUUCUUCUGUAAAGUGAGGCCUUUCUCCGAAAGCAAAUAUGGAUUUCCGUCGGAAACUAUCAUCAGGUGGGGAAAGCUUUUCCGAGGGAACAUCAAGGUUCUUCAGUUCUGUGUUAGCAAAAAAGAAUGGAUUAAUGAAUGAUUUAUCAAACAAGAUAGAAAGUGUAGGUGCUUCUGCUGCAUCAUUAAUGAAGGGAAGUUCAAGUGGAAGCAGUCUGAGUGAUUCGGACGGUCCAGUGUUUACUGAUGCUAAUUAUUCGCAAAAGUCCCAAAGGGAAUUAAAUGCUACUGAGAAAAAUGAGACAGCUGAGACGAAACAUGUUGUUACAGCAGAAGUGAAUCCAAUGCUGAAAUCUCAAAAAGAGCGGGAAAAUGAACAGUUAGCGUCUGCUGUGGAAAGGAAUCUAAAUGGACAUAUGCCGGGCAAGUAUAGUAAAAGGCAAGGGAGUUUUGCAAGUAGUGGUAGCAGCGUUAAUGAAGAGAUUUAUCAUACAUCAGGUGUUAAUAUGAGUUUUGAUGAGCCCCUCUACUCUCCUAGUAAAACAUCCUCAACACCGGAAAAAGCUUCGGCUGGAGUUGGUCCAAGUUGGAAAGGGAAGAAAACUCCACCUCCAAUUCCUCCCCCACCCUAUAAUCCUAAUAAGACAGGGAGAAGAAGUUCUAGAACCAGUUCUUGUAAUUCUCCCAAUAUAUUCAGUGGUCAUUCAAGUGACUCGGAGGGAAAGUAUGAAAGGAAUGCUUCAGAAGAUAGAAGUUCCGAGGAGCGAGUAAAAGCUCCCCCUCUUGCAACCAUAAAGAGACGUUCAAGCACUGUAGACGAAAUGUUAUUUGAUGACUAUGUUGAACCUGAGCCAGAACCGGAACCAGAUAAAACUCCGGAGCCAGAAGUAGUUGUAAAUAAGCGUAAAACUCUCUUACCAAUGGGUGACUUGAUUUCAUUUGAUGAACCAGAACUUGAAGACUUUCAUCCUAAGCAAGUAGUUAAUGUAAGAAAUCAGUUUGGAAGUGAAAAGUCUGGUGAAAAAUCUUUCCCAAGUGUAAGUAGCGUAGAUUCAGCUGAAGGAGUGUUUGAUGAACAUGGAUUAAAUAACCAGACAAGUGUUGAGUCUUCAGAGCCCGAGUACGAACAUUCCCGCAGGUUAGAUUCAAUGGGUUCGCCAAAAUCGUGGAGCUCUGAUUAUAGUCUAGACAGCCAACCAGAUGACCUUACAUUGGAAUGUAUGGGAUUUAUGAAGCAAUUUGUGGCAAAAAUUUUCAGUCAUGGGGAAGAUAUUCCUCAACUUGAAAAAGCAAAGUUUGGUGAAUACUGCCAGCAAGUUCCUGGAAGGCAGUGGUUUGCAAGAUAUGUGAAUGCGCAGAGAGUGAUUUCCAAAAAGGUUGAUGAAUCAAUAUUUUUCCGUCUGGUGCAAUAUUUUGCUGUGGUGCUGUUUGAAUGUAACGAAGCAGAAGACUUUGUUCCCGCCAAAAACCUCAUGAAUAUGUGCUUCACUUUUUACUAUGAAUCUCAGCAUGGUCGCCACCGGUACAAGAAUUUCCUGUAUAGUUAUUUAAGAGAACAGCCUAUAUGGCGGUCUCUCAGGUUUUGGAAUGCUGCUUUCUUUGAUGCUGUCCAAAAUGAGCGAGCCAGAAAGCCAGUGUGUACCAGUGAGGAUGGACAUGAUUCUCAGAAUGAUGAUUCCAUGUUCCAGGAGAAUAUCACUUUUGGACAACUUGGGACAUUUACAAGCAACAUGAGAGCUUAUGGCUUAAAUAAAGAUUUGUGUCUUGAAUUUUUGAGAAAACAGGCCAUAAUAGCUGAUCUUAAGAAAGAUCAAAUAAAGAUGUUAAGAGACAAUAUAGAGAAGUGGAAGGACAAUUAGUCAGUUUAGUUUCUUAGAUAUUUAAAGCUUUGCUGAAUCUCCAAUCAACGUCAAGCUGAAUCUCGGAAUGGACAAAUUGCUUCACAUACAAAAAAGGAUAAAACAUGAAAUAUUGGACUUUAACUCACAGACUAUAUCAGAGACAUAGUGUUAUCUACAACUCUGACUAUAUCUACAUUGCAUGAAACAUGAAGUCAGUUAAGAUCUGCAAUAUUUACUUAGUUAUUUUAUAUUUAAAGAUUUGCUGAAUCUUAAAUAAUCUACAUACUGACAGGG